CACCAAGGUACUUCAUCGCAUCACAAAUUCUAGAAUGGCAGCGGAAUUCCACUUUUUCCCCCGUCUCCCGUGGGAACUACGAGAGAAGAUUUGGAAACUUGUAAUCCGUCCGGCUGAACCAGGAGUGCACGUUUUCAGACUCUGCAGUCAGGGGCAUUCAAGCCGCAAGUCGGAACACAGAGCCUUUACAGACCAAGAUGAUCGUAGGCCCUGCCUGUGGUGGCUUGCCGCACCACAGUGCCUGCCAAAGGGUGUUGACUUCAGUCCAGCCUCAAGGGAAGCCGCCCCAAUCUCGUGGACACUCAACAACCCAUCAACCUACCUUAUCGACAGUGGUCUUUGGACAGCGUGCAAAGAAUCAAUGCUGAUUAUCGAGCGAGAAUUUCAAGCUCCAGCACGACUCCAACACGAAUGGAGUCCUUCAGAGGUCAAGAGCUUCCGAGCGAAACGAGGCCGCUUCACGCUCCCCGAAACAACCACCUACAAGAUCUUCGAUCACUCCUCGCUGCGCUAUUUCACUAUCUUCCCCUUACAAGAUCUCCUUAUUUUGAAGCCGCCAGAGGUUUCAUAUUUUGACAUGGGAAUUACAGAUGAUAUUUUCCCUAGUCUGGUCUCCCACGACAAUUACAAGAAAAUUGGUCGGUAUGUACAUUCCCGCAACGCGGCCUUGGAAUACGAUCCGGCGUGGGAUAAGAUAAGGCAUAAUGGCGUAGAACAUAGAACUCCUAACAUUGUCAGGGACAUUGUUGAGAGCACAUCCAUGUCGUAUACCUUUUCCAUUUGGUUCAUCGACUACCGAAUCAAGCGCAAUCCAAGACACGAUCAAGAAGCCACCGAGGAACAGGCCGACAAGUCGGGAGACGGGCCCGCAACCGUGUUCUAUGCAAAUGACCGUCGGUUCGUCGAAGUGAAGAAAGGGCAACUUGGACGGACGAAAGGGCAUAGGCGAAUGUGGGAUGCAGGUUAUGAAGUUGAAACAAAGGAUGAUGAGGAACCCUGCUCUUGCUGUGGCUCGGAUGGGUUCAUGAUGCAGCUCCAAGAUUUCAUGGAUGAAUUGGAUGCCCAGUUUGCCAGUGAAGACUUUUACUUUCCCGGCGCUCCUGAUUGUAUAUAUAUUACAUACAGACUUUUGGCUUGCGAGUACGUUUGAAGAAAAGCUCUAUGAACCUGAUUUCUUCUAACCUAGGUCUUACGAGCGAGGACUGGGACCAAGAGCAAUAGCGGGUGUGUUGCAGCCUCGAUGACAAACGAUACCCUCGAGAUGGUGCAAAGUAAACACCAGGGAAGUGAAAAAAGGAAACUUAAAUGCUUUGAAGACUAGACUAGAAGCAAGAUAAUAGUUUUAAGUU